AUGAAGCCCAGACCCUACCCCUACGUGCUCGAGGUGCUCGAAACACAGGCCAACCGCAAGCUCGUGGGCGAGUACCACCACGACAUCCGGCAGUGGCUCGCGUCGUUGGAGCCGGCGCUGAGCGUCAACCCGGCCAUGAUCGACAUGCAGCCCGAGGUGCAGUGGUACAUGCGGCCGUACUUGCUCGACUUUCUCAUCGAGUUGCACCAGCUGUUCCGCAUGCAGCCGGCCACGUUGUUUCUCUGCGUCAACAUCAUCGACCGCUACUGCGCCAAGCGCAUUGUGUUCAAGCGCCACUACCAGCUUGUCGGGUGCACGGCGCUCUGGAUCGCCGCCAAGUACGAGGACAAGAAGCUGCGCGUGCCCACGCUAAGAGAGUUGGCGGUCAUGUGCCGCCACGCCUACGACGAGGAGAUGUUCUUGCAGAUGGAGUUCCACAUCUUGUCCACGCUCGAGUGGCUGCUCUCGCACCCGUCCUUGGAGGACUGCUUGCAGAUGGCCAUAGCCGACUCCGGCGUGCUGGACCAGCUGACGCCCUGCAAGUACUCGCGCCCGGCCCAGGCGCUGCUGCCGCACCUGACGGUCUCGGCCGUGGCCGCCGUGGGCCGUUUUUUCUGCGAGUUGUCCUUGUACGACCGCUUUUUCCUCUCGGUGCCGACCCUGGUGGUGGCCGUGGCAGCCAACCUCUUGGCCUGCUCCAUGUUGGGCGUGCCGGCCGCCAGCAGCCACCUCCGCACGUUGCUCUCCCUGGCAGGCCGGGGGGCGCAUGCCUCCUCCGGCGACGAAAACACAGCGCCGCCUGUCGUGGGGCCUUUCCUCCUGGGCUUCGACGCAGACACCCUCGCGGUGCUCCGCGACGUGGCCAUCAUGCUCUUCCGCCAGACCGCAACGCUUCUGGACGUGCUCGUGCGCAAAUACGAGGCCCUCGGCGUCCUCCCCGUCGUGCACAACUUCUCCAACCGCCAUCCGCACCUGGCCCAGACGGCCUUGGACACGGCGGCCCACGCGCCCGACUUGGCCCGCGCCGCAGACGUGUUGAUGCUGCUUCUGCCCGAAGCAAAACAGCCGCCGGCGCUCCCCUUGACGCCGCCGCUGGCCACGCUGCUGCUGGUGUUUUCUCUGGCAGGCCUGGCCUACACCACGCCCGUGUUGCGGUCGGAGCCGCAGUUCUACUCGCCCGACGCAGAGCUGGUGUGGGCGCUGCCGGUGCCGUCGCGGGGGAAAGCGUAA